CCUUGAAAAUCUAGCAACGUUCCAACAACGCCAGCACAAGGAACACAAUAAAGAACACAGAAAAAGUUCCGGCCAAAGAAAGAGAACAGAGAAAAAGAACCCAAAAAAUAAUAGAAAACUGAGGAGAGACAAGUGUAAGGCGUGCCUGCUUGAGUCUGUUUGAUACUGUGAAAGUGUUUUCCAGAUAGAGUAGAGAGAGAAUAUUUUGCAGAGGCAAACGACAUGUAAAUUCUGAAGCCAACAUACAGAUAAUCAUCAUCAAAAGCAUAGGACCAUUUUUUUUCCUCGAUCAAGUAGCAUAGGAGCAUAGGUAGACAGAAACUGGUGAAGUAGAAAAACACAACCCUCUCUGUUCACUGGUUCCCUUGAUGCCUGACACCGAGAGCUCACAUUCAAUCAUUUUAGGGGCACUCGUGGGCUUAAAAAAUAAGAGAUUGGAGAUAAAUAUUCAGAGGCCUCUCAGAUUACCCAGUUCUUGUGAAAUUGCUAGCUGGGUUGGUGCUUUGAGUAUCACAUUCCUUCAAUUUUCACUAAAUUGAAAGUCUUGUUGUGGAUCUCUUUUGAAGCGGUAAAGGGUUUUGGUUCCAAAGCAUUGUAUUGGGAUCCACAGCAAUGCGCUAACUGCAAUUUCUGUAAAUUCUUGUGAAAUAUGGCUGAAAUUAGACUUACAAGGGUAGAACAAGGCCAAACCAAGAUUAGAAAUGUCCCAAUUGCCGUGACACCAGAAGGUUUCUGGUGUUGCCCUUCUCCUGUUGUGUUUCAAAAGACCCUCAAAGCUCAAAAUUCCCUACACAAACCCAAGCCCUCAUCACCACCACCACCACCCAAGACAACAGCUCAGAGGAAACAAACACCACUUAGUGAAAAAAAGCUAGCGUUUACCCCAUCGAGAUCAGGGAGUAUUAAUGAUGGUCAACGAGCAUUUGGUCCUGAGGCGCCUGAUGCACCCACGGUGAGUGCUUCUCUGGUUCCCGAGAGAGUCCCGAGGCCCAAAGUUGAAAAUUUGCCAAGGAAAGUUGCAAUUGAGUUUGGUGAACCUGGAACUAGUGAUAUGAAGGUGGUUCUACUUGGAAAACAAGGAUUUUGUGUGAAGUUGAGCGUUCACAAGAAUGUUCUAGUGGAGCAUAGCAACUUUUUCGCUGAUAAGCUUUCUGAACAACAGUCUGGUUCAUCCUGUCUUGAAAUCGAAGAAUGUGAUGAUGUUGAAAUAUAUGUUGAAACCGUUGGAUUGAUGUAUUGCAAAGACAUGAGGCAACGGCUGAUGAAACAGAGUGUCUCUCGUGUACUCCGUAUUCUGAAGAUUGCAGAACUUCUUGCCUUCAACUCGUGCAUGCAGUCAUGUUUAGAAUACUUGGAAGCAGUCCCAUGGGUUGGGGAUGAAGAAGAAGAAAAAGUAGUCUCAUCAGUCUUGCGACUCCAGAGUGAGGGUAUUGGGGUCACUCCAGUAUUGAAACGAGUCUCCUCUGACAUUUCUAAACCCCCUAAGGACACACUUUCCCACAUAAUUGAACUUGUUCUCGCAAGCAAUGAGGAGAGAGGCAGGCGUGAAAUGAAAUCCGUUGUGCUGAAGCUCCUUAAGGAGAACAACAGUGCCUCAAGCUCUACAGGUUCAGCUGAUGUCUGCCAUGAAACACUGUAUAACUCAUGCAGAUGCUGUUUGAACUUGCUUUUGUCCCUGUUCAAGCAGGCUACAGAACCAGAGUGUGCUGAUAAACCCGUCGACAACAAAGAACCUGUGGUGAAGCAAAUAGCUUUGGCUUCUGAUAACCUCUCAUGGUUGCUUGAGAUUUUGGCUGACAAACAAGCAGCAGACGAAUUUGGAGUAAUGUGGGCUAGCCAGCAAGAAUUGGCAUCCUUGCAUACAAAGCUGCCUAUUGUGUCUCGUUACCAUGUUAGCUGUAUUACGGCAAGGCUGUUUGUUGGCAUUGGUAGAGGGGAGCUGCUGCCAUGUAAGGAUACCCGCCAACUGUUGUUACAAACCUGGUUACAGCCAUUGAUCAAUGACUACAAUUGGCUGCAACAUGGGUGCCGGUCAUUUGACCGGAAGGUUGUGGAAGAAGGAAUUGGUAGGACAAUCCUCACUCUGCCUCUAGAGGACCAGCAAAGUAUUUUGCUUUCUUGGUUGGGCAGUUUUCUGAAGGCUGGUGAUAGCUGCCCAAAUCUUCAGAGGGCCUUUGAAGUUUGGUGGCGGAGAACUUUCGUCAGACCCUAUGUGGAAGGGCAAGGCAGUUCACUUCAGUCAGAUAGCUCAAUGACAUCAUAGUAGAUCUUAAGAGUAAAGAGUUACAAUAACCAGUGAGAGAAAUGUUUGUAUCUAAAUUUAGCGGUGUUUUGUUCCAUAGUAUGUGGGAGAACAGAGGCUUGAAAGAUUUCUCAUUUUCUUAAGGCUAACGUGACAGAUUUCUGUGAAGUCAAAAGAGUGAACUGAUGAACUUCAGAGAAAUUUCCAUGCUUUUAAGUGAUGUAAGAAACUGCUUUUGUAUUUGAUGAUGUGAUGUGGGUUGGUUGUUUCUUGUGGAAAUUCUUGAAAAGGAGAGUUGAUUGAACUUGUUGCCUCAUGUGAGCCUACUAGCUUCAGAGUGGAUCAGCCAAAAGCUCUUUGCCCCUCAUGAUGUUCAUGUAAUAUAAUGUUCACCAAAGGCUUUAGUUUUUCUAUAA